AUGAACAAUUCCCCAGUCACGUGGUUGGGUUACAACCCAGCCAAAAAUUACGCCGCCGCCGCCGGUGGAAAACGAAAGUCAAAAUAUGUGUGGAAGAAUAUCCUGGCUGGUGGCCUUGCAGGAGGAAUAGAAAUCUGCAUCACCUACCCAACAGAAUACGUGAAAACCCAACUGCAGCUCGACGAAAAAGCAAACCCACCGAAAUACCGCGGCAUGGUCGACUGCGCUAAACAGACUGUGGCGCAGCGAGGUGUCGGCGGACUUUACCGUGGACUCUCUGUGCUUCUUGUCGGCUCGAUUCCGAAAGCAGCAGUCAGAUUCGGAGCACAGCAAUGGGCCUCCAACAAGAUACAAAGUGGCUGUUUUGGCGACGGGUUUGCCUCUAGAAAUCCAGUCGCAACUAGCUUGUUAUCUGGUCUAUUUGCUGGUUUUGCGGAAGCAAUUCUCGCCGUGUGUCCGAUGGAGACAGUAAAAGUGAAAUUCAUUCACGACAUGAACCAAGCAAAACCUCAAUACCGUGGUCUAUUCCAUGGAAUGCGAACCAUCAUCGCUCAAGAAGGAUUUGCUGGAUGCUACAAGGGUUUGACAGCUACACUCGCAAAACAAGGUUCAAACCAGAUGAUUCGAUUCGGCGUGAUGGACUCGCUAAAGGCCUGGCACGUCGAUAGAACAGGCUCCGCUCCUGGAAUUAUUUACACUGCAGUUUACGGUGGCAUGGCGGGAGCUGCCUCUGUCAUCGGUAACACGCCGAUUGAUGUUGUCAAGACGCGAAUGCAGGGCUUGGAAUCGAGCAAGUACAAAAACUCGAUGGACUGCUUCAUGCGAAUCCUGAAAAAUGAAGGGCCAGCCGCGCUGUAUAAAGGCACCCUUCCCCGAAUGAGCCGAGUGGUGCUCGACGUCGCCCUCGUCUUCGUCAUCUACGAAGAGGUCCUGAAAGUGCUAGACCGCGUCGCUCCCGAAUAA